AUGAGCGGUCCAAACACAACAGUUCAUCAUACAAAAAACGGUUCAAACACAACAGAUCCUUAUACAAAGACCGGUUCAAAAACAACAGAUCAUCAUACAAAGAGCAGUUUAAAUACAACAGUUCAUCAAACAAAGAGCGGUUCAAAAACAACAGUUCAUCAUACAAAGAGCGGUUCAAUCACAACAGUUCAUCAUACAAUGAGCGGUCCAAACACAAUAGUUCAUCAUACAAAGAACGGUUCAAACACAACAGAUCAUAAUACAAAGAGCGGUUCAAAAACAACAGAUCAUCAUACAAAGACCGGUUCAAAAACAACAGAUCAUCAUACAAAGAGCAUUUUAAAUACAACAGUUCAUCAAAUAAAUAGCGGUUCAAAAACAACAGUUCGUCAUACAAAGAGCGGUUCAAUCACAACAGUUAAGCAUACAAUGAGCGGUCCAAACACAAUAGCUCAUCAUACAAAGAACGGUUCAAACACAACAGAUCAUAAUACAAAGACAGGUUUAAAAACAACAGAUCAUCAUACAAAGAGCAGUCCAAACAUAACAGUUAAUCAUAAAAAGACAGGUUCAAUCACAACAGUUCAUCAUACAAAGAGCGGUUCAAUCACAACAGUUCAUCAAACAAAGAGCGGUCCAAACACAUCAGUUCAUCAUACAUAG